AUGCGCCAUCCCUCCGACGAACUCCAAUUCUAUGGUGACGAACACUUCAUCAGUCCCUCCUGUUUCCGCACUCCGAUGACGACUGCCCUCACCACAGAUGUUAAACUACCCGAUGCUCCGCUGUCCUCACCUGCCGACACAAUCAUCCCUACUGCGGCCCCCACAUUGAUCGCAACGCCGACCACCAAAGACACGACAAGUAAACUCUCCCCACCCCCUCCGAAGCACCAACUUCUACCACGACCUCCAUCACCAUAA